AAAUGAACUAAAAGAAAUCAUUAAACCGAAAGUCAGACUGAAGAAGGCGGAAAUCGACGUGAAAUACUACUGUUACUAGUGUUUAGCGGUGUUUAACCAGUUUAUUUUUCUGUACGUAAUAAUUUCAGCUCCGACGAAGUGAUUUCAGAUCACCAUCACCGCGUGACACUGAACGGAAUAGAUACAGGACCUUCACUUCCCGAACAUACCAACAAAGAUUUGGUAAGCCAACUCAUGUUAACUUUUGAUGUAUGAUGCCUAAAAUUCUUACUGAAAUGAAAAAUGUUGGUAAACAUCUGAGAGCAACUCAUCACCUCUAUUUUCAAACAUCUUUUUUUAAGACGAACAGUAGACAAAAACGUCUUCGCGGAUGUCCCCUGCAAACAAUUUUGUCUGACAAAAUUUAGGAGCGCCUAUCUAUUCCAGAAUCCAUGACAAAAAUCUUGUGAUUAUAUUUUGAUCAGGCGGUGUGUCCACUCCGAUUGCAUUGCAUUAUGAUGGCUCCUGAUUCAGGCGAAAAAACUCCAAAUGACUACAAAAGACGUUUCCAUCUGAUGGAAUGUGUAAUUUAACACAUUUUUUGUGAAUAAGAAAUGAAAGUAAUUCAUUUUCUUGUGAUUUUUAUUUUAGCAACUUCCUGUUCAACAUAAAAGGUUACUGUGAUGUCGGGACAAUUAAAGGUACCUAGCAUAUCACACAACUGCUUCUGAAAAUCACAGCUGUGACCAAGUUGUUUAAUGUUCACUCUAUUGUCAUUUCAUUUUAAGGAAACUUCACUUUUAUCAGUGCAUCCCUGCCAACUUUCUCACUUCAGGAGCAAAUUACUUGCCUGCAGAUAUGAAACUUUGCAACUACAUAUUACUGGUUUUCACCAAGCAGGAGGUUGAUGUGGAAAAAAAAUUUUAAGAGAAUAAAAUAAGUUCACAUCAGUUUGAGAUUAAGAGUCCACAUAGAUGACUGUAGUAAGUUUUUAUUUUUGGGUGAUCAAAGCUGAGGAAAAAUAUUUUCUACCUGUCUCAUGUUUCACACUUUCUUUAAAUGAUAAAGCUGGUUAUAAUUGGAUGAUUUAAAAUUUGCUAUGUCAUGCAAAACCAAACUCUGAAUAUCUGACGAGGAAAAAAUUGUGUGUAACAUUUUUUGUGUGAUAUCAGUUACUGAUGCAGGUCACUUCUUAGAGCAUGAGAUUACACAGUUGUAUCACACUAAUCCCAGUAUCCACAACAAUUGUUCUUUACUGUCUCAGAAAUUUUGAACAACUUUUUUUUCUUACCAGAGUUUGUGAAGUUACCAAAUGAAUUGAAAAUAAUAAAGUGUCUAGCAAAAGUAAAAUAAUUCAUAAAUGAGUUUUUUUUUAUUCAUAUACCUUAAAUUGUAUUUACCUAAAUCACAAAAAUCUUCUGCUUACAGAACAAUGCUGGGGAAAGAAAACUGAGAGUAACCCUUUUGAGUUCUGAAUGGAAAGCUUCAAGUAAUGGAGACUUGACAACCAUCAACAGAGAGCUAGCAAUACAGAUGGCUAAACAUCCCAAUGUGGAAGUCAGUGUCUUCUUACCUCAGUUUAGUGAAGAGGACAAGAAAGAUGCUGAUAGUUACAAUGUUACACUCAUUGAAGCAGCUAAAGUGCCUGGCUUAAAACCAGUUCUUUGGCUGGCCUCUGUACCUAAAGGCCAUGCUAUGGAUUGUGUUAUAGGGCAUGGAGUAGAUCUUGGUCAGCAAAUUCCACUCAUAAAGGGAAAUCCAAAUUACAGUCAUUGCAAGUGGAUUCAAGUUGUCCAUACUGCCCCUGAAGAAAUUGGCAUGUACAAAAGCAUUUCUGUAGGUCAACAGAUGCAGCAAACAGAAAUAGAACUGUGUGAAAUGGCUGAUCAAGUUGUAACAAUUGGCCCUAAGCUAACAGCUGCAUAUCAGUACCAACUCAGAAAACAAGAUGUUUUUAACCUGACACCAAGCAUUUUCAUGGAAUUUUUAGAUGUACAGCAAGCAAGUGAUGAAAGAAGAACAUUUUGUGUCUUGGUAAUUGAGAGUGGUGAUAGUGAAGAUUUUUAUGUCAAAGGGUACGAUAUUGCAGCUAAAGCUAUUGCUGACCUAAAGGAUAAAUCUUACCAACUCAAGUUUGCUUCCAAACAGAGAGGAAAAGAAGGUGAAUUAGCAGACAAGUUACUUCAGUGUGGCAUUGGUCGAAAUCAGCUAAGUAUCUGCAGUUUAGAUGAAGACAGGGAAACAUUAGCAAACUUAUUCUCUAUGGUGGAUGUUGCCAUAUUGCCCUCAAAAACUGAGGGAUUCGGGUUGAGUGCUCUCGAGGCCAUAUCCGCUGGUCUUCCAGUACUUGUCAGUGGUAACUCAGGAAUUGCAGAAGCCUUAGAGGAGGUGUCUUAUGGGUCACAGUGUAUAGUGGACUCAGAGGAUCCUGCAGACUGGGCCAGUGCAAUAAAAGCUGUGCAUGACAAAAAAAGGAAUGUGCGACUUGAAGAGGCUAAGAGUCUUCGUGAAAACUAUUUGCAGAAGUUCAGCUGGGAGGAACCUUGCAAUUUCCUUGUUGAAAAGAUGUACAAUCUUGCAUUUGGUAAGUUUUCUCAUAUUGCAUCAGGAAUGCAGAAAAUUUGAAAUAAUGACAAAGCUCACAUGUUCUGCGUUAAAUAUUCAAUUUACCAGUUAGAAGUUGUUUCUAAAUGCUAUAGGGACAGUAGUGUUAUGGAAUAUGACAAAUUUACAUGUAAGAAAACUGGUAAUCCAAGUCUAUAAGUUGGUGGUAAUGGCCAUACAAUACAGUAACUGUUCUUAAUAAAAGUGGUGGCCAAAAGUUGUAGUUUGUGACGAGUUGGUAUGAGACUACCCCAUUUAGAUGUAUUCUAAUCUUUACUUCAGGAAAGAAGAAAACUUGGAAUUCCGAACAUGAGAAUGGAGGGGCAUGUUCAUCCAGUGGUAAGAGCCAUAGAGAAUUAGCACUGACUGAUCAUGUUCAUCAGUAUGAUGAUGUCUUUGCAAAUUUUGUGGAAAAUCAAUGUUCAUAUUUGAUAUUUUAUUAUUACCUAUAAUGUAGCACUCAGUUGUCCAUAAUCAAUGUGACUUCAUCAAACCUUUAUCAAAUUAAUUUUCCAAAAAUCCAAAAUCAUCAGGCUUCUUAUGCUUUUCUCCAGAUCCUGGGUUCAUUUCAUAACAGCUCUAAAAUUAAGUUAACAAAAUAAGAAAUGGAUGAUCAUUCUAGCAAUUCAAGUUCCAAGACAGUAAGAGAGCCAUAUUUUUCCUUGGCUGCUAGAAUGAUACAUGAAUUGUUAUGCAUGUACCUCACAGAAAAUGCCAUUUUGAUGGCAUCCUCCUAAACUUUUGGAUUUACUUUAAUUACUUAAUACUCUACCUGCAGACUUAGGGGCAAGACUAAUUAUCCAGAGGAGUGAAAACUCUGAUGUCCAUCAGUUUACAGUGACUGAACAAGAGCCUUCUGUCAAAGAAAUUGAGCUUCAAGGAGAUGUCAUCAGAAAUAGGAAAUGUAGAGCUCCUAACCCAAGCAAUGUUAACACUGUUGUGAAGAAAAAAAGGGAGGUCUCUGAGGAGGUAUCAGACCCAGUUCCUGGUCCAGGUAUAUUUUAUACCAUUCCAUUCCAUCAAUCAAUCAACUAAUUAGUCCAUCCGUCCAACCAUAAUAACUCAAAUCUUUCUGUCAUCAAUUUGUUAAUCAAACAAUACAUGUAUGUCCAACAAUGAAAAAAUCAAUAGCAUGUAUCAUUUCCACCAAGUAAAAAAAGAACUUUUCCCAGUUGAAAUCCAAAAUCUUGUACCUUCAGAGGAAAAGAAUAUAAAACUUGAGUUAAGAUAUGGUUUUAUUUAAGAAGAGGCUGGAAAUUAGAUCAUGCAGUGGUGUUACUUCCAUGCUGUGGUGUGGUGAGCAAAUAGUUUGGGUGAGGAAAGCUUCAUGAAAGAAAUCUGUCAUUAACAGUUUUUCAGAGGAUUAGAGAAUUUAUUGCAGUAAUUUCACUCAACAUAACUUUGUUUGGUGGGUUGGGAACCUUGUGUCACCUAGAAGGGAAGUCUGACCCACAGAGUUUUCAAUAAAUCACUUUAAGUGAUCUAAAAGGAUUAAUUGGUGUGCAUGCUGCCAGUGUUCAGAAUGUAAAGUUGAUUCUCUGGGUGCAUCUGUUUUGGAUUUAAACUGCAAAAAAAUGUAAACUAAUUAGAGAAAAUUGGGCAUCAAAGUCUUGAAUUUCCAACCCCUGAACCUUUCUUUCAAAACUGUCACAUACACUCUUGUUUCAUUAAUUGUUGUAUUUAUCAACAGCUGCUGUUGAACAUGGAGAUUCUCUGAGCAUUCUUGAGGACAUGAAUUCUUUUGCUGAUAACAACACUCAAUCAAUUCCCUUGCCAGCUACAGAAACUUCUGACAUGAAAGGAGGUGUGUCUGUUGAAACCAGAGGGUGGAAUCCCUUACAUUCUGCUACAGAGGGUGGUAAUGAAGUUAUAAUUGAGACUUUGCUAUCUUCUGGAUUAGACAUAGAUUCAAGGGGUAAUGAUGGUACAACACCCUUAAUGGUGGCAGCUGCUAAAGGAGAAGAGAAGACAGUAGACCUUCUUCUCAGCAAGGGAGCUGAUCCACACCUUAAAAACUUCAUUGGAAGAAAUCUGCUUCAUGCGGCAGCUGAAGGUGGCAACACUUCCAUUGUGAAGAGCAUGCUCUCUCGUGGCAUUGACAUUGAUUCAAAAGAUGAUGAAUCCUCAGUCACCCCACUGAUAAUUGCUGUCAAGGAAAACCAUGUUGAAGUUAUGAAAUAUCUUCUUCAAAAGGGUGCAGACAUAUCUUUGACAACUGGAUCUUACGAGAGGAAUGCUUUACACAUAGCAUCACAGUACGGAAGUGUUGCAGCAAUUGAGAUGUUGCUCUCUUAUUUAAGACCUGACUCAAGAGAUGGAGAGGGAAACACGCCAUUAGUCUCUGCUGCAGCUUGUGGACAGAUAGAGGCUGUAAAUUGUCUUCUUAAACAUGGAGUAGAUCCAUUCCUGAGAGGGGAACAUGGAUGGAGCCUUCUCCACUUUGCUGCUCAGUCUGGCAAUGUCAUCAUUAUUGAGACCAUACUUUCUAAAGGUCUUGAUGUGGAUUCCAGAGGUGAAACUCUGGGUUUAACCCCUCUGAUGGUUGCCAUUAAAUCUGACAAAUUGGAGGCAGCAAAAUAUCUGCUUGAGAAGGGUGCCAAUGAAAGUUUGAAAACCACUAAGAGAGAAAUCCCUAUUUUGUCCAUUGCAUCAACAGUUGGUUCUGUUGCAGCCAUUGAGAUGCUGCUCUCAUGUGGUUGUAGCAUUGAUUCUAGAGAUGAUGGGGGAGACACACCAUUGAUGCAUGCUGCACGUUGUGGAAAUACAAAGGUUGUAGAAUAUCUUCUUGCUCAAGGUGCUAAUCCAUUACUUAGAAAUACAUCAGACCUUGGACUGCUCCAUUUAGCUGCUCUUUCUGACAAUGUUCUCACUAUUAAGGCUGUGCUCUCUAAAAAUCUUGACAUAAAUGCUAUGUGUACAGUCCUUGGUAUCACUCCACUGUUGUUUUGCUUGACACAGGGUAAACUGGAGGCUGCAAACUAUCUGCUUGCAGAGGGUGCUGAUGAAAAUUUGAAAAGUAAGGACGGGUGGACUGUCCUAUCUGCUGCAGCAAUCAGUGGUAACGUUGCAGCCAUUGAGAUGCUGCUUAAGCGUGGUCACAACCCUAAUUCCAGGGAUGGUUGUGAUAAGACACCCUUAAUGUGGGCUGCAGAGAGAGGAAAUAAAGCAGCUGUAGAAUAUCUUCUUCCUCUCACACACUAAAAUGUUGUGAAAGGCCACAGAGGCCCACACUUUUAAUAAUACUUGCACAGGUGUAGUUAGAUGUAAUAAACAUUAGUUUUUAAAUGAAUAGGAGAAAUUCCAAGUUUUUGUUACAUUUAUAAUGGAUUGGAUGAUUAUUGUCUUUAAUUGUAAUUACUCAUAAGUUUGCAUUUAUCUUGAUGGUAAUCCGUGGCAACCAUCCCCAGCCCAUCAGGUGAAAGGUGGCAGAUAGUGAAAGGCCUUCACUGAAGGUUAGCUCCAAAUAAGCUGGCUUCCCAGUGGAUAAGGAGUUGCAGACCAAAGUGGCGGUGUACUUACCAGGAUGGGGUGAGGCUGCAGAUGGCACUGCUUCCUCUAUAAAAUGCUCCAUAAAUCCCAUGACAAGUACAUCAGGCGAGAAAGGGCCGCCUUGAAAGCCCUAGCCCGGGCAGGUGGAGCUCGAUAGCUUGGGAGGGUAAUCCACUUAAGAGAAGGACUACUUCAUCCAAACCUAUCUAGUGCCAGGUGUAAUGGACAAUUAAGUCAUGCAAUUACCCUGGGUUCAAGGACAUGACAGAGAGUCCUUUACCCAUGCUCUAGCUAUGGAUAAAUAGUCGUUCUUUUGAGAGCAGGCUCUUUAGCCAGAAGAUAGGAGAUGCCACCUCUGUUAUAAAAGCUACAGCCCUAUGAAUCUUACAGCCUCUCAACCUGCUGAGCUGCUGUAAAUCUUCCCUGGGCUUAAAGAGUGGGAUUGGUGUGCAUGAACUGGUCCUCACUUGAAACAUACAGAGUGCAGACAGGAAAUAAAGACCUGCAGUGAUGGAGCAUGGCAAAAAUGACAGGUGCUAGAUGGCGCUGAAAUUGCAGAAAUAACUCUGCAUGUAGGUGGUCUAGGGUAACAUGGUCACUUGCUUGUGAACAGAGACAAGCGACUAAGCAGCUCACCCCAAGCAACCUAGCAGCCUUUUCUAGGGUUGCAUUGCUUGCCCUGAAUAGAGAGGGGUCUAGUAAAGAUGACCUAAAAAAAGGUUUGUCUCAUCCUUACCCAGUUGGUUGGCCCAAUCAAUGGGCAUCCCUAGUUUAGCAGUAAAAACUAGUUAAAAGAUUUUAUUAGUAUAAACUAAAAGACAGACAUGGAAACAGAUAAGGACUAUGAAUAUGAAAAUGGCUUGCUGGAAUGUGCAGGCAAUGUAAGACUUGGAAGAUAGUGUUCACCCUCGCACAAAACCCCUCUCUUCGCCUCUCCACCAAAAUUCUGGUAUAUAAGGCUGUUGUCAUCUAUACCUUCUUGUAAGGGGUCAAGGCAUGUGUACUAUUCAGAAAGCAAAUCAAAUGCCUAGAACAGCAAUGCUGCCUUUUCUCCAUCAUGAACAUUAGAUAGCAGGACUACAGAACCAACAAUGAAGUCCUGGAAAAAGCCAAUCUUCCCAGUAUGGAGGCCUUGUUCAUGCUGAGACAAUGAUGGUCUGGCCAUGUCUCCUGUAUGCCUGAUACAUGAAUCCCAAAGGAGCUAUCAGAUGGAAAACGAGACAGAGGGGUUCCAAGAAAAUGCUGGAAAGACUAACUGAAGGGCAAAUUGACUCAGGCUGGCAUCAAACCCAAACAUUGGUAACAGCUUGCAGAAAACCAUGCAGCAUGGUGACUAACAACAAGAAGAGCAGCACAAGAUUUUGAGAUCACAAGACAAGAAGCGGCAGAAGAGAGGAAGAGAUGACAAAAGGAAGCACGAGAGCAGGAUCCAACAGGACCUACCUUCCUGUGCCCUUGAUGUCCUAGGAUCUGCUUAUCAAGAAUAGGACUGAUUAGUCAUCUGAGGGUAUGCCUCCCUUGGCAGGACCUUCCCACAACUGAUCCUUGGAUAUGAAGAAACUACCAUUAUCAUCACCAAUUAUAUUGUGACAAGGCUGUAUGUAUCAUAUUAGAGAUUCAGUUUUUGAGAUCAUGUAGAGACAGCAUGUGUCCUUUAGAGUUCCCACACUACAAUGCAUUUUACUCUGAAGGAAUAACUUGGCUUUUAGAAAACAUUGAAAGGUGUUAUACUAGAGCACAGAUAGGCAUGCAGUUAGUUUCAAUGACUAACUACCCUUGGCCGGGCUAGGAAUAGUUGUCACUCCUCUCAGCUUAGGUGGAGAAAAACAGUACAAAAGACACAUCUAGAUUUGCAGGCUUACCUAUAGAAAAGGCUUGACCCUUUAACUCCCAAGAUCUGAUUGUCAACUCUCCCCUCCAGCUGCUACACAUAUCUUUGUAAUCAGUUACGAGAAUUUGGUUUUCAAUCAAGGUAAUAUCUUGUUCCUGAUAAGUUUGAGUAUUCUCACUACCUGUUUCCUGGAUAAUGUAUGAAUAUAGGGAGAAGUUACAUGUUAAUCACUUCUGGGAGUUAAAGGCGUAAACACCAAGCUUUUUUACAUUUCUUGGUAUAAGGUACAAACUUCAGCUUAUUCUUUCAUCACAAUGUUUAAGAUACUCAUGAACUUUUAUAAAUCCUAGUUACCUGUUAGUAAAUGGAGAUUACUUUCAAUUUUUGUCAGAUGGAUUGAUAAUCAUCUUGUAUAGAUCAGUGUGACAAGCUUAAUUUACUUGUUUUUAAACCUAAUUUAACUUAAAAUCAAGAUCUGUUUAAUUUCCUCUCCUCCCUAGAUUGGUAAAAUUAGCUAUUUGCUAAGUAAGAUUUUUUUCACAGUGAUAAUUUUAACUUUUGAUUUCAAUUUAGCACAAUGCUAAGGGUUAAAAAUACUACUGUAUGCCAUCUUGAGUGUUUUCAUGAAAAAGUGGUAGAAAUUUUCUGUAAGUGACUUAACAAAUAAUGAAAAAGAGCAACUUUUGUGAAAUUUACUCUUGUUGUUCCCGGAAGAUUGUAGCUAUGCAAGCCCAUUCUUAUCACUGAUAAAAUCUAGCAGUGUCUUUCAAAUCUAUUCAUAGAUGAUAAAGAUCCAAUUUCAAACUAGAUUUUAAAAAAUGUGAUGUGGAUUUUGAAUAAUUUCAAAAAAGACUUAGCAAAGUCAUUAGUGGCCUGUGACCUAGCUAUUAGACUAUUAAUGUUUCAAGACUUAACUUUGCGUAAAGAACAAGCAAUAUACAAUGUAUUGAUUUGUCCAGUAUUUCAGAGCACUUCAAUCCAUACUAACCUCAGAAGGCAAAGAACAAUAUCAAGCAGUGAAAUGCAGAUGUGACCUUUGAUCACCUCUACAUUCUAUCUUAGCAAUUACUUGCACUAUAGCAAAACAGAUCACCA